AUGGUAGUUAAUAUUUCUGAUUCCGAGUCGACAGUGACCGCACCUGACGACAGACCAUUAAUUAGCAACUCUUCUACGGACACUGCACCUACUUUAAGAGCUUAUAGUUCUGAUAGACAGGAAGACGUUAAUCCUGGUGGAACCAAGCAUACCAGUCACGAAGAUCCCAUCCUUGAAAUUCCCAUUAGUGAUGAUCCUUUAAAUAUUUUUCGACGACAAAUUGUUAUAAAAAUCACGUCUACUUCAACUAAUACAAAACCUACUGUUAGCAAGCCUUUUGAAGGAUAUUCGAAAGUUUCUGUAACUAUAAACGAGGCUAACCUAGAAGAAUCAGUAAUCAGCUUAAUUAAAAAAUACGCAGAUCCAAAAAUUCGCACAGGCAUAUUAGUUCAACCUUUAAAACAUAUGUAUGACGUUGUUCCUAUAGUGCAAAAUACAUUUAAAAGUGCAGCCAUGAAACUUGUUCUUGUAAAGCGACAAAUUGAGAAUAUAUCCGACUAUCUAAAUCAACAGGACACAAUUCGAAAGUAUCACGAAGGUAAAACAAAUCAUCGUGGCAUUAAUGAAACUUAUCAAUCGCUUUCGCAGCGUUAUUUUUGGCCUAAAAUGAAAGUUGACAUAGCAAAAUUUAUUAAUUUGUGUGAGACAUGUAAUUGUGCAAAAUACGAUCGUAAGCCCAUAAGGCAACAGUUCAAGAUCGUACCGCCUCCUUCUAAACCUUUUGAAAUUAUACAUAUGGACGUAUUAAGUAUUGACCAUGACAAGUACCUAACGUUAAUUGACGCUUUUUCAAAGUAUGCACAAGCAUAUAGACUAAAUGACUGUACUGCACCGAAUAUCAUUAAAUCCUUACUUUCCUUUAUUUCCCAUCACGGUUCACCAUUAUCAUUAACCACCGACCGUGGUACUGAAUUUACGAACCAGGUUUUUGCGGAAUUUCUAAAAUUACAUAAAAUUAAUCAUCAUUUGGUAGCUCCACAUACACCAAACGAAAACGGUAUGAUUGAACGCUUUCAUAGUACCCUUCUAGAACAUUUAAGAAUAUUAAAACUUGUUCACAAAAAUGAACCGACUUCAAACCUUAUACCAUACGCGAUUUUAGCAUAUAAUAGUUCUAUUCAUAGUUUAACAAAAUGUAGACCUUUUGACAUCAUAACGGGACAUUAUGAUCCUAGAGAUCCCACGGACUUAAAUUUAUCGGAAAGACUUAUGCAACAAUAUAUGCAGAACCAUAAAAGUAACAUGCAGACAAUUUACAAUAUAAUACAUGACUCAUCAUUCGCGGAACGUGAAGCUAUCACUUUACGACAUAAUUCUCACAGAGAACCUGAGACAGACUAUGCACCUGACCAAACGGUUUACAUAAAUAAUCCUAUGACUUCUCGACGUAAAGUAGCUCCACGAUACUUAGCUGAUAAAGUGGUAUCCAACCAACCUAUCCAUAUUUACACCUCAAAGAAAAAGUUACCUGUUUCCAAAUCCCGUCUUAAACGGUUACCAAAAAGCAAUAAUUUGUUGCAGACUCCUCCUGACACUGAUGCUGGGCCUAGUAAUGGGUCAAGACAUAAAACUUGA